AUGGAGUUAAACCUGAUGCGAAUGGAUUUCGCACAAGUCGGCACGACAAACAGAUCAUGUAUGCGAGUGAUACCAUCGGAGAAAAUCGACAAAUCGAAGAAGAAGCGACCACUGGAAAAGGUCGUCGUAGGCAGUCAGAACGGUUCAGUGAUUUGCAUUUGUCGAAAGAACAAUGACACACAGAUCAUCUACAAAACGUUACCGGGACCACCAAUCGAAGCCAUCUGUCUUGGUGGAGCAAUCGGGACACUUCAGGACAAAGUCUUUGUGGCGUCCGGCAGCAAUGUUCGCGGUAUCGGUAAGAAAGGAAAACAAUUUUUUCUUCGAACAUGCAUGGCGGAACGGGCCAAGAGAUGUGGGUACGUACUGUGUCCUGGAGAUAUACUUGACGUAGUGUGCUUGAUCUCUUCGGCUGGUGCAUGGGGUGGACGACCGUUCACUUCAGUGGUGGCGUGUGCGGACGCUACGAUAAGG